AUGGGACAUAAGGAGCAUGGAGGGACUUGGCACAUGGAAGCAGCUCAACUGGAUACGCAAAGGAAGAAGGGAGAAGCCAUCUUGAAGACCAGCUCGACCGUCACUCGACCAACCGGUCGAGUUCCUCAACUCGACCGGCCAAGCUUCAACUCGAUCGAGCUGGAAGUCAAA